AUGGCAAUGGGCGGGCCGGCAGCGUUGGCGACUUCAACGACAGCCACCACGCCCGCCCAUGACUUCGCAGCGUGCCGUGAGCACCCGACACUGUUGUCUUCGCCGUUCGAUGGCGUGAACUCGCAGCACCAGUCGCUGAGCUCGCCGCUGCACGGACCUCCACUGCCGCGGUCGCGGCACAGCGCCGAUGCCGGCGGCGACGAUUUAUCGCCCACUGGGAACACCGUAGGCUCGCUGCCGAGCGCAAGCACCCCCACCCAGUGCUCUGCCGCUCCUCUGCGGUCGCGCCAAGCGCUCUUGAAUGCGCAGUCUCUAAGCUUCACGAUUGCUCUGGAGCGGCCCUCGUUCACCGACUGGUAUGCGACAGCGGCCUGGGAUGACCCAUCCACCGGCUCGUGCCCGAGCAGCAGCAGCUGGUCUCUGCUGAACCAGCCGCAACCGCGCAACGCUGCCCGCGCGAUGGCUUCGUCACCGAUCUCCCCCGUCGACACGGUGGCCACGACGCUCUUCAUCGACGGUCUGCCUGCGCUCAUCGAGAACAAGUGGCAGCUGCAGCCUUAUGUGCCACCACAGGGAUUGGUAGCGCUUCGUGUAAAGAGCUCGCGAGGCAGGAACGUCGGCUUUGCCGUCUACGACAGCAUCGCAGCGGCGCGCGAAGCCUUGACGUGGUUCAAGCAGAUGCUGAUCAUCAAGGAAGUGGUACAAACCUCCACACUCGGUGCACCACCUGCUGCCGAGUCCGCGCGAGGGACUGAGGCACCGCCUGUCCUUGCGUGCGGCGGCCGCAGUGCGCCGCCAGUUGGCGGGAGGAGUGAUUGCUUCCCCGGCUCGCCGGUCGAGUUGGAGCCGAUGCCGCUGGAGUACGAGGAGUACCUCUGCACCCAGCCGGUACCCGGCCAGUUUGCAUCUUUGCUGCGGAGGUGCGCCCUUCUGCGAGCGGAGUGGGCCCGAAGCUUGGAGACUCAGCACCCACCCGCUAGCGUGGGGGCCGCUGCUGCUGCCGCUGCCAGCUCUGUCGCCUCCUCUCCCUUGUCCUACCCACCAUCGCCGUGGGGGACGGCAGCGGCGGUGGUCCGUCCACCGCAGCAACCGCCGACGGCGACGGCGGUGCCGCACGUAGGCCGAAAGCUAAGCCACGAUGGAGGCGACGGCUACUCGCAGAUGUCAGAGCCGGCUCGGCAAGCUCCAACACUGCAGGCACCUCUUCAUCCACUGCCGUCGCCCAUCGCGUGGUCGCCGGGGUCGCAGUCUCCUCAGCAGCCACUAAACCCUUGCGCCGCCGUCAGCUGUGCUGACGCGCAGGCCGCACACCCGCCAGCGCGUAACCCGUUGUUUCUGUCAGCGCCGCACCACGCACCUUCGCCGGUGACGCGCCGCGUUUGGGCUUCCUCGGCACCAUCAGUGCCGUUGCACAGGUCGGAGAUGCGCUGCUACCACGGCUGCGGCGCCGCUCAGAAAGUCUGCCACCAACACGCGCAUUCCACCACUUGCCAACCUCCUUUUCCUGUGCAUCGGGGCUUGUACAUGGCUGAGCGCAGCGAUGCGCGUGAACGGGUGGAUGCCUGGCGCGGCGCACCACCAGAGCCGCCAGCAUCGUUGCACCGUCAAGGCAGACCACAUCCGCGGCAGCACCACGCCUCUUACCAUUACCACCAGCAUUCGAGUGAGCCUCCCCUCCCUUCCCGUACGCUCUUUGUGCGCCUCAUCCACAACUUCGACGCACCCGGGUACCUGCAGCAAGACCAGGUGCGCAGCAGCACCGGCAGCAGCACAGGUAGUGCAAGUGCAAUGCACGUGAAGCCGUUCACGACGGCGAGGCUACCACCAACCAUUGCAGGUUCAGUGACGGCGCCGGGGACCACCACUGCGUACGCCGAAGAAGCUGCGCUGCCGACGCCGACGCGGCUUGUCGCGCAGACUACACCCUCGCUACAGGUGUCACCAACGAGCGGUGCCGCAGGCACCUGCCCGCUGAUCUCGGUCGUGCCGCACCAUUACCAUCACAUGUGUUACCAAUCGCCGUCCUCGCCAACCUUGACGACGACUCCGCAGCUGCGCAGUCCGCUGGAUAACGGAGGCACACAAAUGUAUUCCUCAUGGCAGCCACCACCGUCUUCGCAGCUGACGGGCCCAUGUGCUGAUCGUCAUGGCGGCGGCGCUGGUGCUGCCAACGAAGCCCUCUCGCGGUGGACGCCGAACGCAGAGGACCGCGAAUUCUUCCGCUUCGCACAGAGCGUGCUGCGCGAGGAGUACUUCUCCGAGAAGUUUGCCGGCUUCCUCCGGUACCGCGAAUUCUUGCGUCCGCCGUACUACGGCGGCUGCUUUGUGCUGUUUGAGCGAGGAGAAGACAUGCAACGCUGCCUCCAGUGGAUGCGCAAGGAUGAGCGGCUCAUGAAGUUGUUUGCCGUCGCACCGGCCCGCAACGACAGCUUCGGCCCUUGA